AUGGAUUUUUCCUCGUCCACGUAUCCUCGUCUACUGCCGCAACAUGACCGUAGCGCCCAAAAGUUGGUGCGACACGGUAGCGAGUUGGACAACAGCAUUGCAUCCAUAGCUGACUACAAUCGUGCUCAAACAUGGUUCCAUCAAGGUAUGGAUUCAGCAAAAGCCGAAAGAUUAUUACGCAGUUCUGGAUGUGAGGAAGGAUCGUUCGUGAUCUCGCAACAAUCCACGCAAUAUGUGCUAUCAUUUGUACAUUGCGCCACGAUUCACCAUAUCCGUGUCGGAUAUUCUGUCAAAGAAAACGGAGAGGCAAAAUUCCGCUUAGAUAUCGAUCGAAGUUUCAAGAAUCUUCACGAUCUUGUCGCUUAUUACACGAAACAUAAGGCUUUUGUUCUACCGAUGAAACUACGACAUGGUGUAGCCCGACCGCUUCGCAGACCCCACACGCGAACGCGAGCUUGA